AUUGGUCCCUCAUCAAAUCUAACCCUUCUGUAUUAAGACCCCACUAUGAAUUGGUCCCUUCAAAUCCCCAUGACAAUGAGCAAACCAACAAAAAAAGGUAUCAUGGGCUAGAAUACUCUCUCUCUCACUCUGUCUCCUGCCAUGUACAAAACCCUUGCUUCCUCCAUUCUUCUAGAUCUCUCUGUCUCUAAAAUAUUAUAUUCUUUCUUCUUCUUUCAGCAAUUCAUAAAGUGGGCUUGCCUUCUUAUGCAGAAUCUCUUCUCUCUAAUCCACCACUCUUGCUUUCUCGCAAGCAAACUUAACAAAAGCCUGUUUCUUUGGGUCAAAUAUUACGUUGGAAACUUCUUACUUUCGGAACCAUGGUGGUUCCUUCAUCAACUGCUACUAAAAACCCACUAUCCACUAUCCUUCCGAAAAACCCAAAUCUCCCUUUACAUACUUCAAAAUUAUCUCACUUCCGUUUGAGACCUAUUCAAUGUUCCUUUCACAAUCAAAAUCCUAACACUAUCAACAAGCUUGCAAAACCAGGAACCCAUCUUUAUGGAGUAAUAACUCAAAGUCCGGUUUUUUCCAAGAAAGAUAAUAAUACAUGCAGAGGAUACGAAGAGAAGAGAGGUUUUGUUCAGGUGGGUAGCCAACAAAUGGCUGUAUUAAGCGGUUUUGGCUAUUGGGUGCAAGGUUUUAGGUGCUUUCCAUGGUUAGCUCUCAACUUUCACAUGGCCCACCAUCUCAACCUGCACCCAUCAUUAUUGCAGCUUGUGCAACAUUCUGGUAACCUUCCCAUGGUGGCCAAGCCUCUCUAUGGAAUCCUCACUGAUGCUGUUUAUAUUGGCGGUGCUCACAGAAUACCUUAUAUUCUCAUUGGAGUAUUGUUGCAGGUCCUAUCUUGGGGUCCAUUGGCUUUGAUCCCAGCUACCCGUGAAACCCUCCCUAGCCUUUUAGCAUGCAUUCUUCUUGGUAAUCUUGGUGCAUCAAUUGCAGAAGUCGCAAAUGACGCCCUUGUUGCGGAGUAUGGCCAAAAGCACAAAAUGAAAGGCCUUCAAUCCUAUGCAUUUAUGGCUUUAGCAGUUGGUGGAAUCCUAGGCAACUUACUUGGUGGCUGCUGUUUACUGAAAACACCACCCAAAAGCAUGUUUCUCAUAUUUGCAGGUCUAUUAUCUAUUCAACUUGCAAUUUCGUCAACAUCUAGGGAGGAGUCUCUUGGUAUAUCACAAUCAUCAUAUCAUAAUGUUGCAAAGAAAUCAAUCUGGGAUAACUUCAAGAAACAGCUAGGUGAUCUUAAAACAGCAUUACGCGAAGGCAUCAUUUCUUGCCCUCUUACUUGGGUUGUAGCCUCCAUUGCUAUCGUUCCAAUUCUCUCAGGUUCUAUCUUUUGCUAUCAAACACAAUGUCUAAAUCUUGAUCCUUCAUUUAUUGGAAUGUCAAGAGUGAUUGGCCAAUUGAUGCUUCUUUCCAUGACUGUACUCUAUGAUCGUUACUGGAAAGAAGUGCCGAUGAGGAAAUUGAUAGCUGCCGUGCAGUUUAUGUAUGCCUUUUCUCUUCUUCUUGACUUUAUUCUAGUGAGACAGAUAAAUCUCAGACUUGGAAUUCCCAAUGAGGUAUUUGUUUGUUGUUUUUCGGGUUUAGCAGAAACUCUUGCACAGUUUAAGCUUCUUCCCUUUUCAGUCCUAUUGGCAAGUAUAUGUCCAAAAGGUUGUGAAGGAUCUCUCACAUCGUUCUUAGCGUCAACAUUAUGUUUUUCAUCAAUUUUUAGUGGAUUUCUGGGUGUUGGAUUAGCUUCCUUGAUGGGAAUAACAGCUGGUGAUUAUUCAGGUCUGCCUAUAGGAAUUUUGAUACAGUUCAUUGCAGCAUUAUUACCGUUGGGAUGGAUUCAGAAAGUACCGUCCCAGCCCAUUAUUGAGAAGGAAAGAAAGAGAAGUGUGAGUAAAAGAACUCGAAGAAAUAGAAGAAUUGGAAGAGUUGUGUUAGGCUCAGUUUUUGUUUACAGGAGAGAAAGAGAAUCUGAGACACAGAGGUAAAAGAAUUACUUGGCAUGGUCAAGUCUAGUUGAUCUGUUGUGUUCAUGCUGCUGGAUUGAUCACGUUUCCUGAGAAUUUGAGGUGCCAUGAGUCAGUUUCAGUUAUUUAGCCACAGGUCAGACUGAAAUCGCACGAUGAAUGAUUCAAGAAUCCUACAAAAGGUGAUCAAUUUAUUCAAACAGUACUUCUGCUCUUUAAAUGUGCAUUUCUCAGGUCUGUGAUCCGUUAGGUAAGAAGUUCAAGAUAUUUUUCUUAGGUUACAGUACCUGCUUUUUUGUGCUCUCUGCGAAAUGAAUUUUGAUUGCUGAGAAUUGCAUUGUGAGGCAGCUUAAGCAACAGUGAUUGAGCAAGAAGUGAGAAGGUAUCAAAAUGAGCUUUACCAUCUCCUCUCUUGUGCUUUGCCUUGAAGUCUCCCGGCAGAGGUUUUUUUUUUUUUUAAUUGAUUCUCUGGAAAUCUUUUCUGUAGUUGUAGUGCACUUCUCUGUAAUUGCCUUUCGAGAAUUCAGUAGUGUAGAAAGUUACUGUUUUUGUUUAUUCAAAGAGCAUCAUCAUUCAGAAGAAAAGCCAUUCAAAUGGUAUUUUGUGCUUGCUAA